AGCAACGGAAAAGGGCAAAUGUACAAAGUCGAUAAUUCAAAAGAAAACGAUGGCGUUUUCCCUCAAUUCCCUAUUUCUACAUUUCUAGUCAGUUAAAAACAGGACGAUGCAACUACCCAAGCCGGCAACUCUUAAACGCCGGUGACGGGAUUCCCACAAUUCCCCAAUCAGAUCCCCCCACCUCAGCCUCCCUUCUCCAUGUGUCCCCUCUUCUAUACCACCUUCACCGACGCCAUCAUUCCCUCUCGUCAACCGAUUAAAAAAGAAAGAUGAUGAAAGAACCGAAACCCAAGAAUAAUCCAAAUACCAAAAUCCCUGACUUUCUAUCGUUGAAACCCUAAUCUUGUUUUCCACUCUCCCAAAUUACCAAAUUUCGUGGAUCUCUAUGGAGGAAGACGAAGAGAUCCCGUCCCAGCCCUCGAAUGCUGCUGCCGGAUCUCCAUCUCCAUCUCCGUCCUCCCUAUCACCUUCAUCAAACGGUCGAAUAACGGUAACGGUAGCCGCCGCGCCUCCUUCUGAACCACCACCUCCGGAAGAGUCGCAGUUACAUGAGAAGACGAUCGUACUGGCGCUUCCGCCGCCGCAACAGACCAAGAACAGCGGCGGUGGAGGCGGGAGAGAAGACUGCUGGAGCGAAGACGCGACAGGGGUUUUGAUCGACGCGUGGGGAGAGAGGUAUUUGGAGCUGAGCCGUGGGAACUUAAAGCAAAAGCACUGGAAAGAAGUGGCGGAUAUUGUGAGUAGCAGAGAGGACUAUAGGAAGACCCCGAAAACGGAUAUUCAGUGCAAGAACCGGAUCGACACUGUUAAGAAGAAGUAUAAGUUAGAGAAAGCUAAGAUUGCAGCUGGAGGUGGGCCGAGUAAGUGGGUCUUUUUCGAUAAGUUGGAUCAACUUAUUGGUCCCACGGCGAAGACUGCUGUUAAUGUUGCGACGGCCGCUGAUGGUGGCAGUGGUGGAAGCACUGGGUUGUUGUCUAAAGUGCCUAUGGGGAUUCCUGUUGGGAUCCGGUCCAGUUUGAACCCGCUUCGAGUUUCCCAGCUUCACGAAAAGCAGCAACAACAACAAAAGCAACCCAGGAUGGUUGCAUUAAAGGAUCAGAAUAAGAUGCAAAUUAGGAAACGGGCUCCGAUGGAUACGGACUCUGAGGAGGAGGAAGCGGAUUCAAUGGAUAGUCUACCGCCACCUAUGACGGGGAAGAGGGCAAGGAGGGUGGUUGAUAAGGGUGUGAGUUCAGGAGGGAAAGGAAGGAAAUGGGGGAAUUCGGUUAGAGAUUUGACUCAGGCGAUAUUGAGAUUUGGGGAAGCUUAUGAGCAGGCGGAGACUGCGAAGCUGCAACAGGUGGUGGAAAUGGAGAAGCAGAGAAUGAAGCUUGCAAAGGAGCUGGAAUUGCAGAGGAUGCAGUUUUUCAUGAAGACACAGCUGGAGAUUUCACAGUUGAAGCAUGGUAGAAGGAGUGGUGGAAUUGGGAAUUCUAGUAAUCACCACACUAAAAUUAAUAAUAGCAACAAUAAUAACGACAACAAUAACAUUAGUGGUAAUAGUAACUAAAUUCUGUAGGUUUGUAAUUGGAUUAGGUUUUAGAUUUAAUAUGUCUUCUUGGGGCAAAUGCCCUGGAUUUGUUGUAUUUGAACUGGUAGUUCUUGAGUGUAUUUUCAUGCUUUAUCUGUUGUACUCUUUUUUUUUCUUUCUGGCCAACAGUUUCAUUAUUGUACUUCUAUUUAUUACAGUUUUAACUUGAAGGAAUGUUAAGAUUGUGAGAA